CUUAGGGACCUAGAUGGAACCCCUCAGCGGGAUUCGCUGGAAUCGGCCCGAACGGGAUGCGCUUCCGAACGGACAACUAUGAUUCAUACGGGGUCACAGGCCACCUUUCCAACAGUGCCAUCAUUGCAUCUAACCAACGGAUUAUCGUUCCGCAAGCUGUACAAACCUGCAUCUUCCAGGCCCCCUCCUGCAGAGUUGCUCCCAUUCGGCCCCUAUCUUCGAAUCACUGAAUCGCCCCUCCCUCCACCACCACAACCACCAUGGCCCCACUUCGUAUCGCCGUCCUUGAAUGCGACACCCCCGUCGAAAAAGUAAACAUCAAGUAUGGAGGCUAUCGCGGAGUUUUCACCCAGUUACUGCGCGAAAGUGCCGCAGCACUAAACCAGCCCGAGAAGCUCAACCCGGAAACCGGUCUAGAAAUUACAGGCUGGGACGUCGUGACGGCACAAGAGUACCCCAACCUGGAGGAUGUAGAUGCACUUGUUUUGUCGGGGUCCAAACAUGAUUCAUUUGAAGACCACCCGUGGAUUCUCAAAUUGGUCGAUUACACCAAGAAAGCGUUCCAGGAUAAGCGCGUUAAGAUCUUUGCGAUUUGCUUCGGACAUCAGAUCGUAGCACGUGCUUUGGGCGCCAGGGUUGGUCGUAACACUGCAGGAUGGGAGCUUGCAGUUUGUGAGGUGGACUUGACGGAGACCGGGAAGCAGUUGUUCGGUAGGGAUAAGCUUCGCAUUCAUCAGAUGCAUCAAGACAUCGCCUACGGGUAUCCGUCGGAGGUUGUGUCCCUGGGUGCUUCCCCCAAGUGCGCUGUGCAGGGCAUGUAUGUCCCUGGGAAGUUGAUCACUGUUCAGGGCCACCCUGAGUUCAGAGAGGACAUUAUGACGGAACUGAUCACAUUGCGAACGGCGAGUGGUCUCUUCUCGAAAGAGGUAUCAGAAGAUGCCAUGAGUCGCGCCGGGAUCCAACACGACGGGAUUGCCAUUACCGUGGCAUUCCUGAAGUUUUCCUUGGAAUAGAAAACCGUCAAGAAAAUAGAUUUGGCCGAUGAUGCUUGAAUUCUAUAAGCUAUGCAACAGACAUAGACAAUCAAGAUCGGAUAUUCUAUCCAUACAAUGACGCAACCGAUUAGCCUCUAACCCAAGCGCAUCGAGCCAAAAGACCGUAACGAUGGUAUAGAGCGACCCAAACCCCGACACCAAUCCAUAUAACGCAAACCCCAA